AUGGGCGACGCUUCGCCAGAGACAGUCGCCAACGGCAAGUGCCAAGGCGCUGACUGUGAAAACGAUGCUGGCGCUUUGCAGUGUCCUACAUGCCAGAAGCUGGGCAUGAAGAAUGGCUACUUCUGUUCUCAAGAUUGCUUCAAAAAGAACUGGAGUCAACACAAAACUCUUCACAAGCCAGCGCCAAGCAAAACACAAAAUGGAACCACCUCCGUCACGGGUUUUUACAAUCCCUUUCCAGGACAUACUUUCACUGGCUCUGUGCGACCAGUUUACCCACUGUCUCCUAGGCGCGCAGUCCCCAAGUCGAUAAAACAUCCCGAUUGGGCAGUCACUGGCAUACCCAAGGGUGAGAACAAGCUGAGCAGGACAAAGAUCGAUAUCCUCGACGCCCAGGGACAAGAAGCAAUGCGCAAGGUGUGCAGACUGGCUCGGGAGGUACUAGACAUUGUGGCUGCGGAGGUCAAGCCCGGUGUCACCACGGACUAUCUAGACGAGGUCUGCCACAAGGCCUGUAUUGAACGUGAUUCAUACCCUUCGCCACUCAACUACAACAACUUUCCCAAGUCGUUGUGUACUUCUCCAAACGAAGUUGUCUGCCAUGGCAUUCCUGAUCAGCGUGUCCUAUUGGAUGGCGAUAUUCUCAACCUCGAUAUUUCCCUGUACCAUGGGGGCUACCACGCCGACGUCAACGAGACCUAUUACGUGGGCGACCGAGCCAAGGCCGACCCAGAGUCGGUCAGAGUGGUCGAGAUAACGCGGCAGUGCUUGGACGAGGCCAUCAAGCUCAUCAAGCCCGGCACGCCGUUCCGCGACUUUGGCAAGGUCAUUGAGAAGCACGCCAAGGCCAACAACUGCAGCGUCGUGGCCAACUGGGGAGGCCAUGGCAUCAACACCGAGUUCCACCCGCCCCCGUGGAUCCCCCAUUACGCCAAAAACAAGGCUGUUGGCGUUUGCAAGCCCGGCAUGACCUUUACGAUUGAGCCCAUUCUCACCGUGGGCAAGCCUCGCGAGGUUUACUGGCCAGAUGACUGGACAAAUGCAACAGUUGAUGGAAAGCGAACUGCACAGUUUGAACAUACCUUGCUCGUUACUGAGACAGGUGUCGAGAUCUUGACCGCGGCGACAAAGGAUUCUCCCGGCGGCCCCGUACCCAUGCCAACCACUGCAACUGCUUCAUGA